AUGGAAACUGAAGAUUAUAUUGGUGAAUUGGCAAAUGAUUUUGAAUUAAUAGAUCUUACUAACAAAGAACAUGCUUGGGUUGAAACAGAAGAUAUUGAUAAUAUCUAUAGUGAAGAAACUACGGUUAAAAAUGAUUGG